UAAUUUGCACUGUGUUUACAAAAAUAUAACCUGAAAAAUUUUCAACUUCCUUUUCAAUGUGCUAAAUAAAUUCAAUUUCUAAAAAGAUUAUUAGUGUUGUUUAUUGAAAAAAUAGACGUCUCAGUAAAAAUAUUAAUUACUUUGUUAUAUGAACAUUGUACAGGGCAUGCCAAUUGUUUUUAUUCCUUUUGAUUUUACUUAUGAAAUCAAAGUUGAGAAACAAUGAUCGUGGAAAUGACGAGAUGGAGAAAAUUAAAAGAGCAGGAAUUUAUUAUGAAGGAUAUUAAGAUGAAUUUUCCAAUCGGACACCUUGGGGAGGGUUCCAAGGUUGAAAAAAGUGACAUUAGAUUGCCAGAUAUAAGGACUCAGGAUACGAAAAUGUUAGAGAUAAAUCUAGAGAAUGUUAAGGUGGAAAAUAUUGAAGAGACUGAGCAAAAUUAUAAGGAAGAUGAUUUUACAGUGAAAUGUAUUAAAGUCGAGACUAAUGAAACGGAAAAUUCAAAAGAGAUCAAUUUCAGUUUAGAGAGUAACAAAAUAACUUCAAUUAAAACGGAGAAGUUAAAAGAGAAGGAAACAGUAGUGGAGGAAAUUCACAUGGAGAAUAUUAAGGUAGAGCCUAUUGAGAUGGAGAAUUUCGAAGAAGAAGAUAUAAAGACAGAAGAAUUAUUAGUAGACGAUAUGGACAUAGAAGAUAUGAUGGCAAUGGAGGAAAUAGUGGAGAUAGUGGAAGUACUCGAAAUAAUUGUGAUGGAAGUAAUAAAACCAGAGAAAAAGCACUCUAAUAGAAAAAAAAUGCAAAAUAGUUGUAGCAAGCGAAAAUGUGGAAAGUAUCGGACAUCAGGGAGGAGACUCUCCAAAACGAAAGCCUCAAGAGAAAGACGUCGACUAAAAAAGCUACAGCAGGAGGCCCUCGAAAGAGGGGAAUUGCAAAAUUCGAAUUAACAGAUGAGCAACGUGCCGACAUUAAAGAAGCCUUCGAUCUCUUUGAUCCCGAUGAGAGUGGAAAAAUUUCCACGAAAGAACUUAAAGUUGCAAUGCGAGCACUUGGCCUCGAGCCAAAGAAAGAGGAAAUUAAA